AUAUAAUACAUAUUUUUACUUUCUUUUUUCCUUUAUUUUGUCUAAUAUAGACUAUAGAAUAUGAAUCUAAAGUAUUGUAGAAAUUUGCUUAAGGGCUUAAAGCAAUCUGAUUAAAAAUCAGAGAAGUUAUUAAACAUAUCUAAAAUAAACGCAAUAACCUCUAUAAGAAACAGGAUAUUACCGAUUUUUUAGAGUCACUCGGAAAUUUAUAAUACUUUUUCGGAUGAAAAUUAAUAAAAUGGCAUCCAGUCAAAUUUCAGCUUUAUUGUACGUAAGAAAUAUUUUUUUCAGAAAAUAAGACUUUUUUGCUAUGUUCUAAUUGAAAAGUAUCUCUAAAAUUAGACACAAAUGCUGUGUUCAUAGGCAGUAUCCAAUAUUCGGAAACUAGUCAAAUAAUUGAAAUAUUUGGAAUAAUAAGACUUUUCUUGGUCGGGUUCCCAAACAUGAAAGUGAUGUUUAAAAAUUCGGCAAGAGACGACUAGACAAAACGUUUAUUGACGUAGUUCUCGCUUCCUCGCUGAAUAUAGCUCAAAAUGACGGUAUUAUCAAUAUUGCCAGUUUAAAGAUUUAGAAAAUUAUACAUUUUUUUCGAGUAUCUGGGAAUAUUACGAUGAAAAACGAUCUCUAUUAUUGGAAAGAUUGAAAAACUUGUGGCACUCGGACUUCAAAACACUUCCCCUCCAAGAUGAUUUAAUGUCAGGUUGACAUACGGAAGGCGCCACAAGAACAGAUUUGUUCGAUCUUGUGACUAACUCAAUACCAAAAGGAUUUUAUGGGAAUAGCGUGGUUCAUUCCUCUCAAGCGCCGUUCUGACUAUUUAUUCACUAAGGCGUGCAUUUGACUUGUAUGAUAAAAAUCUUGAUAGGUGACAGGAGCGAUUUACAGUUCACAGUAGGUAGCUUUUGAAAGAGUGCCUGUCCUGUUGCCCUGUAAACAAGGUAACUUUGAUUUUCCUCCUGAACGGGUUAUUAUCCCGUUGAUAUUUAGCUGGUUAUAUUCACUCUAUAGCGUUAGGGCCUUUUUUCAGGUAGUUUUGAAAUAUAAACAAACCUGAAUCCUUCAAAAUGCUUCCUUCUUCAGAUGUAUUUUCGUUAUUAAAGUUUACCAAUUAAGGAAGGCGAUUAAGGCUAGUGAUGCGCCUUAGAAUGCCGAGUUUCGACGGCAAGCUGGUGCGUUGUCUUAUUUUUGCCACAGGCCUAAGCCAAUCGUUCAUUUAAACACUCGAACUUUCAUGACAUGGUUCUAUAAAUCGAUAACAUCUAAUCACAACAGAAAAAAAACUUGAUACCGAUUUGCUGCCGGGGAACAAACCACCACGCACAAAUAGUUGUGGUUUCGCAAAUUAAUCGCCUAAAAAGCUAGCUGGGACUCGAUGAACUUAUUGCAGGAGUAGACAUCGAAUUCUGAUUGGCUGGUGUAGUGCGAGUCUGGCAUGACUAAAUUUAACGGGCUAGAGAAACGACAAGCAGCUUGGAGGUGUGAUUAGUUUGACUCAUCCAUUGGAGUGUGCACUACAUCUUCUUUCGAUUUCUCAUCUGCUGGACACUGCGACGCAAGGACGGCGGGCUUGACGACAAAACAGGACCGCUAGACGAUGCCUCUGUUCGUGUUAUUAUUGGAGUUCUUGCUUGUACAAGUGUUGGAGGGUCGGUUUCCAUCACCGGAUGAACAGCCUCAAGCCUACAGGUCAAUGGCUCAUUACUGGCGCUUCGACAGCUUGUAUGACUACUCAGACUCAAUCUCUCGCACUAACGCAACACUGCAUGGCAACACGAGCUACAUUUCCAUAAAAAGCUCACUUAAAGACAACGGUCACUUGAGCAUAAAUGGAACUGCCUCCUCCGUCCUCCUUAAGGGCAUCUCAACAUCAUGUUUCCACGAACCCUGGACAUGCUUCAAGGGGACAACCUUAGCAUUCUGGUUCAAAACUUUUUCGUACGUGACACAUUCGUACAUUCGCUCAAAUAAUCGGCGCCAUUUUGAGGUCGCCCGAAUCCCUAGCGGGAAAAUCAUCGUUCGCGUUAUCAACGAUACAACCGCCUUCGAGGCAUUGCUCCGACAAACACCUAAUAGCUGGUCACAUAUCACCGUAGAUUGGAGCUCUCAGCAUGGGUUGAAGGUGUAUCGAAAUGGGUUGAUGGAGCCUUCACGCGUGCUACCCUCACAUGAAUCAAGGCCUGCCCGACCCAGGCCCACUCACUCUAUACGUUUGCAAGGGACUGCGUCCUAUGAUGACGUCAUGAUCUGGAGUAGAUCUUUGGAGGAGCAGGAGGUUAAGAAGGUUUUCCAGUCUCAACUCAAUGUCAUGGCGAACAUCUCAUGCGAGAAAACUGUAACAUCACUUAACAUUUCGUGGCAAUACUCAAGAGAUGUUUAUAACAUGAUCAGAAGCUACAACCUGCGCUUGAAGCAAGAAGGUGGAAGCGAAGCUCUCAUCACUAAGUCGCUUCCCAAGAGUGCACGAUAUUACGAGUUCCGUGAUCUAUUGCCUUUCACAAGCUAUCGCGUCAAGGUUUGGGCGAAAACCGAAAGGUCAUACAAAAAGACAAGUGUGGUCAGAUGUCGAACUAAAGAGGGAGUACCUGAAAGAGUAGAACGCAUCAGCGUAAAUUUUGUAUCCCCCAGGAGUCUUGGGCUACAAUGGGCACCGCCUGUUAGAAUAAACGGAAUAUUGCAGGGUUAUACCGUUAAUGUAUCUUCGACUACGCCUUCAUUUUUUCGUGGGCUUCUGGUAAAGAAUAAACAGUUCGUAGAAGUGCAGAAUCUUCGCCCAAACUCCACAUACACUCUUGUUAUCGCUGCCUUGACGGCUGCUGGCGCGGGACCUUCUGAAACCAAAGUAGUGUCAACUGCACCAAUAUCCAUCUUAACAAAGGGUCCCAGUGACUUACGGGUAGUGGCGAUUGGCUGGAAUAGUAUUCACGUGACAUGGCCAACUCUACCCGCGAGUGCUGAGGUCGAGCUUUACAGAAUACAGGCUUGUGUGCCGAACUCUCAUUGCGUCAUCGACUCCACAAACCAGACGUCCCUCAUUGUGCAGGGGUUGGCUCAGCUUACAGAGUAUCGGAUCUCGAUACGCGGUAAAAACAUACAUGGCUUCAGUCCGUGGACGAUAGGAAACAAGAGUAUAAAAACCCUUGACCGUGACGAGUGCACUGAGAGGGUGGAUAACUGCAGUCAGUUUGCAUCCUGCUUCAACACGCACGGUGGCUUCAUGUGCACCUGUCUGUCUGGAUAUGUCGGGAAUGGUGUGUCAUGUCAGCGUAUUUCUUCCGAUACUUCGGCUUCUUGUCCAUUUGAAAUCGCCCGCAAUAUAACCUGGCCAGCGACGUACAGCGAAGAACAGGCGCGACAAGCAUGCCCAUCCGGGACAUCAGGGACGGCUGUCCGGAUGUGUACUCAAAAGAGUGGAGUGGCCGUGUGGGAACCCCCAGACUUGGAAAACUGCGUAUCAGUGCGCUUUGCUCUUUUACAGGAGAAACUUUCGAAAACAAUAAUAAACGCUAAUGCAGCCGCUGACCUUGCUGAUGCGUUAGCGCAAGUAACGAGCCCCUCACGUGAUGAGCAAAUAUACGGCGGUGACGUCAAAAUAGCAGUGAGCAUGCUGCGAGCUCUGGGCCACAACACUGCAAUUGAUCCUCACAACGUCACCGAAGAGGAAAAAGAAAAAAUGAGGAACGUCACCUCGAGCUUAGUUGAAGUUGCGAGCAAUCUAUUGGACUCGGGGACCUUGGAAUCAUGGAAGGAAGUCCCAAUGGAGUCUCGCUCGAAGCAGGCUAGCUUGCUGCUGACGUCACUUGAAAGUGUUGCCCUGGCAACUGCUUCAGUUCUUCCUACAGACGGCGCGGUCGUAAAGAACACACCCAAUGUGUUGUUAAAUAUGCAGUCCUUCAAUAAGGAACACAUGAGUGGUAAAAUGGCGUACCCCUCGGACGAGGAUCUCAACGAAAAAGCUGGUUUGAUAUCGGUCCCAUUAGAUGAGUUACAGCCUCCGGACAGCCAGCAAGCUAAUUCAACACAAGUUUCUUAUCUCUACUACGGCAACAUAGGGAAACUCCUGUCGCCUUCGGGAAGCAGAACUUCCGAAAAAGACGAGAAAUCCGAACACGGAGUCUUGUCUUUCUCAACAAGACCAAAGACUUCAAGUACAUUUGAUCAUCCCGUUGUUAUCACUUUAAGAAACCCAAUGUACCACGCAGAUUUGGUGCCUAUCUGUGUCUUCUGGAAUGACUCAAGUUCACCAGGAUUUUGGUCCGAUGAGGGAUGCUUUGUCAAUGGUACCAAUGAAACUCACACUAUCUGCCAUUGCUAUCACUUGACGAGCUUUGCGGUGCUAAUGCAGCAUUCGCCUGACACAUUUGCCGUCACAUCACAGCAUCAGUUCGCGUUGGGUCUGAUCACAUACAUCGGAAUCAGCAUCUCGCUGCUAGCUCUCUCGCUGGCACUUCUCACCUUCUCCACCUUCACAUUCCUAAAAUCAAGUCGUAACUUUGCGCACAUCAACCUCACACUGUCCCUGAUAUUAGCAGAAGUCAUCUUCCUCGUGGGAAUAGACAAGACCCAAUAUUAUAUUCCUUGCCGUGUGAUAGCCGUUCUCCUUCACUACUUGUUCCUGGUCGUGUUCUGUUGGAUGGCCGCGGAGGGGAUCAUCCUUUACAUCAUGCUCGUCAGAGUCUUCCCGUCAGGCACCAGCGGGCCCAGGAAAAAGCUUUUCUUCUGUUGCUCAUGGGGGCUGCCCGUCGUGCUGGUUGGAUUCGGCGCAGGCUUUUUUUGGCGAGGUUAUGGGAAUGAGAGAUAUUGCUGGUUGUCAGUACAUGAUGGCUACAUAUGGAGUUUCCUCGCCCCAGUCAUUCUGAUAAGUCUGGUGAAUAUAGUCUUUUUGUCCAUGACGUUCAAAGUUAUGGCUGAUAGAUCCAAUCGUCAAGCUGCGGAAAAGAAAAAAAGUUUCAAUCAUUUUCUUCCACCCUCGGCCGUCAGGUACUGGGCUAAAGCAUGCGCAGUGCUCACUUGUCUUCUCGGGACGACGUGGUUACUUGGGCUAUUCUUCGUCAACAAGGAUUCGCUUGUGAUGGCGUACCUCUUCAACAUCUUUAAUGCUCUCCAGGGUUUGUUUAUUUUUAUUUUCCACUGCGUUGCUGACGAGAGAAUACGAGCAGAAUACGUGCGUAUACUAUGCUGCCGUGGAAGCAGAAGGGACUACAACCGGAAGAAAUCCACGGGGACGUUUACCCUUGGCAAGAUGGGAUCUGCGUCUAACGGGACGCUGAAAGACAGAAAACUGCUGAUAAGCUCUUCGGAAGAUAAAGGAGGCACACUUUCACGCACGGGGACCUUACCGAGGCAGACUUGUGAGCCUGAAUCAACACAGAUCCCUUACCCGAACACUUUCGACUCGGACAGCUUAUUGACAAUCAAUAAGACGUCGGGGGAGCAUGGAGGAUCCGACGAGCGCGACGAUUUGAAAAUUAUCGUGUUUGAGCCUCGUGAUGACAACUCCCUCGAGCAUGCCUCCGAUACGGAGUAUGACAACAUCGAUAACGGCAAACACGCCGACGAGCUCAUAGUGGAAGAGAGUCUCUUCAAUAUAUCAUCCCUCGAAGACUUCAGCUCUUCUAACCGAAACACACGUGACUCCGAGGACCAAUCAGGAUUAAGUUUGCCGCGAUCUAAGGACUAUUACUCUGAUGUUGACUACCGCCGGGGACCGGAUUCCAUGCAAUACGACACUGAGAACGACGCCGAUGACUUCAGUGAUGAUGGCUCACAUCCACAGCUACUCACGGACACUGGGCUUCUACUGAAUAUCGGUCGCUGUAGGUUUUGCUCUAACAGUGCGUAUAAUAUGGUGUGUAUGCACCAUGAGAACGGGUCUUCAAUGGAAUCGGAACAAAAACCUCCGCCGAGCUAUGUCUCGACUGAAGAUGCGACAACAUCCUCGGAUUUAUCGCACGGUUAUUUGCAUAAUGCUCCUCAAGGGCGUGUCUCAUUUGAUGACGCAAUCCUCACGAGACAUUUAAGGGAUGAUCCCUCGAUUCCACGGGUCAAAAAGCACAGAUGGACACAUACCCCUAUGACUGGGGACUCGCUAGCUCUUGAGAUUACCGAGUAUCUUUCUGAAAGUGCUUCGUGUGAUGAUCGGUUCUUAAGGAGUCAUGCUUCGGAGAACCGAACAGAAUCCUAUAUCCCAGAAGCAGUUAGAGAGUUAAUUUCUCCGGUAGACCAAGAGUCUUUCAUGGAGCCCAAAGAUCUCGAACUUCCAGUAAAUGAGCCAGAUGUAGAAGUAUAUGAGCCUCAGCAGGACAUUGAAAUAGACGCUGACGGCCUGAGAGCACAAAUAUUAAGUCCUAUUAUGUCUGUGGACUAUGAUUCGGACGCAAGUGCGAACGGCGGGCACAUGAGACGGGAAGAUCCACAAAACGAAGAAUCUCCUCCGGACAUCGCAAAGGAUGAUAAGCCACUGUCUCCUGAAGCACCCAUUGCGGAAGCGGAGAGUAUACUACUUGUAGCUGAGGUCGAACCUGGCGCUAAAUUCGAGACAUGUGAACCGGAGUACUUAAAAGAGGACUAUCAGUUGGUAUACAUACACGUGGCGGAUGAUGAGACGAGGGUGGAGGAUCUUGGGAAUAAAUACAAAUGCUCACUUCAAGUCAAAAUAAUCGCGCAGUCGUCUUUGGACCAAUCAUCUGUCGAGGAGAAUACCAACGACGCUGCGAUAUUGCUUGAAGAGGAACCCAUUCAGUUGGAUUUCGAUGAUUUCCUACCGAGCGAGUCAAUGUCUCCUGCUGAGCCAAGUGGGCCCUAUGGUAGUCCUUUCGAUAUAACUAUAGAGUCGUCACCUGCAACCAAACUACGGGACAUACCAGAUAUAAUACCAGAUAACUAUAAAACCGAUCGAUGGUCACUCAAAAGAACUAAAAGAUUCCAAAAUACUAAGAGCGAGGCUCGAGCUGAGCGCAAAUGGCUUAAAGAAAAUAUCAAACAAGAGCAGUACCAGAAGACUAAAAAAAAGUUUCCGGAUGCUCAGGUCAUGAUACUGGGAUCAGAGAGUAGCCUGGAGACGAUUAGCGAUCGCGGGUCUUUUGUCGUUGACAAUGGAUCGUUACUCGGGGAGAGGGAGCCGCUUGUUUACCCGAGAUUAGAGCCUGAGAAAGAGAUGGGAGAAGGGGUCUCCGAGAGUGAUACUGCUCUGAAAGAUGGCCAUGGACCAGCUCCAGUCCGUCGUGGCCUGGUCAAACGUCUAGGCCAUAUCUUCGAGUCGAAGCAAAACCCCAUAACAAGCAUCAGACAAGUCAUCAAAACUGCCAACGAAUAUGAUGCGGCCGAGCUACCUACCAAGUCCCACGCAGGCGCAGUCCGAUCACUACGAGAGAAAUUCGAACAAUCAACUACUAAAUAUCACGAAUGAAAAAAGGACUAAAAACAAUCGAUGCUCUUCGAAAUAAACGCAAGAGAGCAUUAUUAAAUCAAAAAGGUCGUAAACAGAGAAAUCAAAUUCGUUCCCUCUGUAAUUAAAAGUUUGGAGAAUUGUUAUGUGUCAACAAUAAUUUCUUUGUACUCAAUUUUACAUCUAUUUCACAUAGAUUGUGUUGAUAAAAUUGCCAUGUAGUUCAUGAGCAACUUAUAAAUGCUGCGGGCUACAGCAAAUAGAUUUUCCGAGAGCAAUUUUAUUCGAAAUAAGUGUAAAUAACGUAUAUGUCUGUGUUGUUUUAUUUUGUUUGUGUCCUUAAUAAAUGUCCCUGUAAUCUGC